AUCUCCCAAGGGCAAACCUCACAACUCAGGCCCAAGUCACGGGAAUCUGAAUGGUGGGGUGACCUUCUCCUCUAGUUUAAUUUCAUUGCAAUACUGAGAAACUUCAACUGUUUUGUCUUUAGAAGGGAAAUUCAUGUUUGCGCCAGGCCAGCCUUUGUAAAAGCCUUUGAUUGGAUUCACUAGAAGUCUGUCUUCCCGCAGUACAUAUAUUGUGAAUUUUCUGCUUUGGCAUUUCAACCACUUGGAAUGGCCACUAAAGUCUUGAGUUCUGGAACCUCUGGAUUUGAUCUAAAGUAAAUUCUGAUUCUGUGUUGAUGGGGAACCAUUUCUCUCUAACACUGUGGUUUCUUUAAGAUGUUUGACUUGGGCCACAUGAGAAUAACAGAUCGUUGGGCAGUCCAAGGCUGGAGUGCAGUGGUGAGAUCUCGGCUCACUGCAACCUCCACCUCCCAGGUUCAAGUGAUUCUCCUGCCUUAGCCUCCUGAGUAGCUGGGAUUACAGGCGUGUGCCACCAUGCCUGGCUAAUUUUUGUGUUUUUAGUAGAGACGGGGUUUCGUCCUGUUGGCUAGGCUGGUCUCGAACUCCUGGCGUCAAGUGAUCCUCUUGCCUUGGCCUCCCAAAGUGCUGGAAUUACAGGCAUCAGCCACCGCACCAUCUUUUUCUCUUUGUUGAGCUGGCUCCAACCACCAUGAUGAGCUGAUUACAACCACCAAGUUUACUAGUCAGGUAAGAAAUAUUCAUCAAAUGCCCAUUGUGGACAAGCCACUUUGCAAGGCUUAGUGGAGGUGUUGAGGCACAGAGAGCACUCCAUAGUGGAGUCCUGGCCUUCAAGAAGAGAGAAGGCAGUUGCUAGAAGUGGGCCUGCCUUAGCCUCUCACUUCCUGCCCCAUGGACUCCUGCUAAAUCUCCCAAGUUCAGGGUUGGCUCCUUUCCUACAGGAAGCAGAUACAAGGUUCUAAGCAGAAGCAGUUUCUUUUUUGCUACUGUUGUGGCCUUCUUUCAGACUCUCACCUGAAUUCUAGCUCCUUGUAGCAUCAUCUUCCCACCUGGGCCCUCCAUCCCAUCUGUUUCUCUGACCUCAUCUCCUUGACUUGGCCGUAACAGGCCCCCAAACCCAGUGGAGUAUGGACAGUUAUAAAUGGCGGCCCUGUCACCUGCUCUUCAGGCCUUUGCUGUUUAACCAGUCUCCUGGACUCCUUUCUAGCCCUGGACUCCUUUCUAGCCCUGACCUCUAUUGCAGAAGACUCCCUAGUCCCAGGCCUCUGGCCCAGCCAACCCCUGCACACGCUGCCUUUCUUCCAAGGCCAGGUCUCUUGCCUUGACUCCACUGCUCACUUAGCUGUCUUUCUGCCGACUCCUCCACUGACUGCAAGCUGCCUGAGGGCAAGGUCCAACCAGCAUCUAGCACAGGACUCACAGCACAAGAUUUGUACUGUUAAAGCAGCAGUUACAAGUGGCAAAAGCCUCCUGAUCUAGCAGCCAAGACUGCCCCUGACCUUUGGCCAUGUACCCCAACCCUCUCGUCUAUUGCACCUGCUGGGACCCCUGGAACUUGGGACCACGGAAGCUAAUCAAGACCCCUCGACUACCAUGCAAGAACUCCACAGGGAGGUCCAAGCUAACUCCUCUUCUACCAGCUCCCAAAAAUCACAAUUACCUCCAACCAACAAAACCUGUUGUUUCCCCAAAAAUGAAAAUCCAUUCAGCAAGGCAAGAAGAGAACAAUAAAUCAUUUUAUGAAGUGAUCAACGUGUCACCUGGCUAUCAACUUGUUCGGAAUCGGGAACAGAUUUCUGUCACCUUAGGGGAUGAGAUGUUUGAUAGGAAAAAGCGGUGGGAAUCGGAGAUCCCGGACAAAGGCAGAUUUUCCAGGACCAACAUCAUUUCUGACCUAGAAGAGCAAAUCUCAGAGCUGACAGCAAUAAUUGAACAAAUGAACAGAGACCACCAGUCUGCCCAGAAAUUGCUCUCCAGUGAAAUGGAUCUCCGCUGUGCUGAGAUGAAACAGAACUUUGAAAACAAGAACAGGGAGCUCAAAGAGGCCCAUGAAGCAGAACUCAGUGAGUUGGAGAACAACUACAAAGCAGCCUUGAAGGCGGAGAAGUUGGCUGCCCAAGAGAAGCUAGAGGAGAUGGGAAAAGAAUACAAGUAUUUGAAGAAUAUGUUUCGUACAUAUCAGGACAGUAUUUAUGAUGAAAUGGAAGAGAAGUGGUCAAAACAGAAGGCAAAAUGGAAGAAGGAUGAGAAGUUGGAGCGAGAAAAUAUCCUGCUACAGCAAAAAAAAAAGGUGACCAAAAAAUUCGAAUUGGAGUCAAGAGAAGAAGAGAAGAAAAUAAAUGAAUCCUGCAGUGCUGUCUUUGAGAACUUCAUUCGAGAGAAGGAGGAGCUCUUGAAACAACAUCAAAGUGACACCUUGCAAUUAGAAGAGCUGAGAAAAACCAAAGAGGUCAUGGAGGAAGAAUUGCAUGCACAAGCCCUUAUCCUAGAGUCACUUAACACAAACCUCUACUAUACCCAGUUGGAACUCCAGAAAGAGAAAGCUAUAGUGGGAAAUCUGGAGAAAAUGCUUCAAACCAAGUUUGCUGAAGCUGAAGAAAAGUAUAAGCACACCAUACAGAUCCUGACGGAAGAGAACAUUCAUCUGAAGCAAAAGAUAAUUUCUAAGAAUGAAGAAAUUUAUGAAGGAUGUUCUGGGAGAUUGGCCUCUAUUACUGUUUCUAAGGAUGAUUCUGACACUGUGGAAGAUGGUAGCAAGAAAGGACAAGAAUCAUAAACAAAAAGUUGCUCUGCAUUGUUGAAGAUGGUUGGCACACCAUUUCUGUAGGCCCAGGAAACUCCUGGGAGGGUUUUCUUGAGAAAAUGCAUAUAAUGAAUUUAGUUCUUGGGUUGCUCUGACUCUCUGAGUGGCUGAAAAUGUUUGAAUUCUCAUCUGAAUUUCACAGCUUAUCAUGGACUCUUCAUUGAAAAAUGAUGCUCUCGGUACUGGGAGCUGAGCUUUCUCUGAGUUUUGUACUAUUUUUCUUCCACCUUUACGUAUUUCAUUAGAAAGAAACUGAUUUGGAGGCCUUCUUCCUAUUGAACUUUUACAAUAUUUGGGAGGUGUACCUUUGUCCCCUGAGGCAUUUAGGUAGCAAAAAAAGAUGAUGUGUUGAUUUUACUCUAAAAUAUUUUUCUCUCACACCCAUGCCUCCUACUUCCCUACCUCUCAAUCAUGUUCCCUAACCUAUGACUUAGGAAGGGUUUUUGAUGAUUCUUACCACCUUCUCUGGACCAUCAUCAGAAUUCAGACACCCACAGGGCAGGCAACAUAAAUAAGUAAAGUGGGCUAGACAUAAGGAAAACAAUUGCACAAGCACAGUGAUAAGUGGCAACCAACAGCAGCCUCAGUAGAGGGGCUUGGGCAGGGCUGGGGCACAGCGGGUGGGGAAGAGUGACCCACAGAGCACAGUCCCAUCUGAAGAAGGUGCUUCUCAGACCUUUGCCAUGCAAAAUCAUGAGGUCAAUAUUGUCAGAUAUUAUGAUUUUUUAAAAGAAGUUAUUCUGGUUUUUAUGUGAUAUCUCCUAAUUUUUAAACGUUGACAACAAAUUUUAAAAAUACAACUGUGUGUGCUAAUCAUGGGAGACUCAAGUAGAACAUGUCUGUGGUCCAGAUGUUUUCCACCUGUGAGAUGUCAUUGGCAGAAACCAAAACCAAACACAAAAAAUCUCCAAGGAGCAAUAAGAUCAAAUUAUAUUUUAUUCUAUUAAAAAAUGUUUUU